GUCUGGAUCAUAUUUAAUGGUACACAAAGUUCAACAGAACCCUUUUGUUGCAGGUCUGGUAAGUCAGGAUCAUAUUUAAAGGUACACAAAGUUCGGCAGAACCCUUCUGUUGCAGAUCUGGUAAGUCAGGAUCAUAUUUAAUGGUACACAAAAGAACCCUUCUGUUGCAGGUCUGGUAAGUCAGGAUCAUAUUUAAUGGUACACAAAGUUCGGCAGAACCCUUCUGUUGCAGGUCUGGUAAGUCAGGAUCAUAUUUAAUGGUACACUAAGUUCAACAGAACCCUUCUGUUGCAGGUCUGGUAAGUCAGGAUCAUAUUUAAUGGUACACAAAGUUCAGCAGAACCCCCUUCUGUUGCAGGUCUGGUAAGUCAGGAUCAUAUUUAAUGGUACACAAAGUUCAACAGAACCCUUCUGUUGCAGGUAUGGUAAGUCAGGAUCAUAUUUAAAGGUACAAAAAGUUCGGCAGAACCCUUCUGUUGCAGAUCUGGUAAGUCAGGAUCAUAUUUAAUGGUACACAAAGUUCGGCUGAACCCUUCUGUUGCAGGUCUGGUAAGUCAGGAUCAUAUUUAAUGGUACACAAAGUUCGGCAGAACCCUUCUGUUGCAGAUCUGGUAAGUCAGGAUCAUAUUUAACAGUACACAAAGUUCGGCAGAACCCUUCUGAUGCAGGUCUGGUAAGUCAGGAUCAUAUUUAAUGGUACACAAAGUUCGGCAGAACCCUUCUGUUGCAGGUCUGGUAAGUCAGGAUCAUAUUUAACAGUACACAAAGUUCGGCAGAACCCUUCUGUUGCAGGUCUGGUAAGUCAGGAUCAUAUUUAACAGUACACGAAGUUCGGCAGAACCCUUCUGUUGCAGGUCUGGUAAGUCAGGAUCAUAUUUAACAGUACCCAAAGUUCAACAGAACCCUUCUGAUGCAGGUCUGGUAAGUCAGGAUCAUAUUUAAAGGUACACAAAGUUCGGCAGAACCCUUCUGUUGCAGAUCUGGUAAGUCAGGAUCAUAUUUAAUGGUACACAAAGUUUGGCAGAACCCUUCUGUUGGAGGUCUGGUAAGUCAGGAUCAUAUUUAACAGUACACAAAGUUCAACAGAACCCUUCUGUUGCAGAUCUGGUAAGUCAGGAUCAUAUUUAAUGGUACACAAAAGAACCCUUCUGUUACAAACUGGUAAGUCAGGAUCAUAUUUAAUGGUACACAAAAAUCGGCAGAACCCUUCUGUUGCAGGUCUGGAUCAUAUUUAAUGGUACACAAAGUUCAACAGAACCCUUUUGUUGCAGGUCUGGUAAGUCAGGAUCAUAUUUAAAGGUACACAAAGUUCGGCAGAACCCUUCUGUUGCAGAUCUGGUAAGUCAGGACCAUAUUUAACAGUACACAAAGUUCGGCUGAACCCUUCUGUUGCAGGUCUGGUAAGUGAGGACCAUAUUUAAUGGUACGCAAAGUUCGGCUGAACCCUUCUGUUGCAGGUCUGGUAAGUCAGGACCAUAUUUAAUGGUACACAAAGUUCGGCAGAACCCUUCUGUUGCAGAUCUGGUAAGUCAGGAUCAUAUUCAAUGGUACACAAAAAUCGGCAGAACCCUUCUGUUGCAGGUCUGGAUCAUAUUUAAUGGUACACAAAGUUCAACAGAACCCUUCUGAUGCAGGUCUGGAUCAUAUUUAACAGUACACAAAGUUCAACAGAACCCUUCUGAUGCAGGUCUGGUAAGUCAGGAUCAUAUUUAAAGGUACACAAAGUUCGGCAGAACCCUUCUGAUGCAGGUCUGGUAAGUCAGGAUCAUAUUUAACAGUACACAAAGUUCGGCUGAACCCUUCUGUUGCAGGUCUGGUAAGUCAGGACCAUAUUUAAUGGUACACAAAGUUCGGCUGAACCCUUCUGUUGCAGGUCUGGUAAGUCAGGACCAUAUUUAAUGGUACACAAAGUUCGGCAGAACCCUUCUGUUGCAGAUCUGGUAAGUCAGGAUCAUAUUCAAUGGUACACAAAAAUCGGCAGAACCCUUCUGUUGCAGGUCUGGAUCAUAUUUAAUGGUACACAAAGUUCAACAGAACCCUUCUGAUGCAGGUCUGGUAAGUCAGGAUCAUAUUUAACAGUACACAAAGUUCAACAGAACCCUUCUGAUGCAGGUCUGGUAAGUCAGGAUCAUAUUUAAAGGUACACAAAGUUCGGCAGAACCCUUCUGAUGCAGGUCUGGUAAGUCAGGAUCAUAUUUAACAGUACACAAAGUUCGGCUGAACCCUUCUGUUGCAGGUCUGGUAAGUCAGGACCAUAUUUAAUGGUACACAAAGUUCGGCUGAACCCUUUUGUUGCAGGUCUGGUAAGUCAGGACCAUAUUUAAUGGUACACAAAGUUCGGCAGAACCCUUCUGUUGCAGAUCUGGUAAGUCAGGAUCAUAUUCAAUGGUACACAAAAAUCGGCAGAACCCUUCUGUUGCAGGUCUGGAUCAUAUUUAAUGGUACACAAAGUUCAACAGAACCCUUCUGAUGCAGGUCUAGUAAGUCAGGAUCAUAUUUAAUGGUACACAAAGUUCGGCAGAACCCUUCUGUUGCAGGUCUGGUAAGUCAGGAUCAUAUUUAACAGUACACAAAGUUCAACAGAACCCUUCUGUUGGAGGUCUGGUAAGUCAGGAUCAUAUUUAACAGUACACAAAGUUCAACAGAACCCUUCUGUUGCAGAUCUGGUAAGUCUGGAUCAUAUUUAAUGGUACACAAAGUUCAACAGAACCCUUUUGUUGCAGGUCUGGUAAGUCAGGAUCAUAUUUAAAGGUACACAAAGUUCGGCAGAACCCUUCUGUUGCAGAUCUGGUAAGUCAGGAUCAUAUUUAAUGGUACACAAAAGAACCCUUCUGUUGCAGGUCUGGUAAGUCAGGAUCAUAUUUAAUGGUACACAAAGUUCGGCAGAACCCUUCUGUUGCAGGUCUGGUAAGUCAGGAUCAUAUUUAAUGGUACACUAAGUUCAACAGAACCCUUCUGUUGCAGGUCUGGUAAGUCAGGAUCAUAUUUAAUGGUACACAAAGUUCAGCAGAACCCCCUUCUGUUGCAGGUCUGGUAAGUCAGGAUCAUAUUUAAUGGUACACAAAGUUCAGCAGAACCCCCUUCUGUUGCAGGUCUGGUAAGUCAGGAUCAUAUUCAAUGGUACACAAAGUUCAGCAGAACCCCCUUCUGUUCAAGGUCUGGUAAGUCAGGAUCAUAUUCGAUGAUACACAAAGUUCAGCAGAACCCCCUUCUGUUGCAGGUCUGGUAAGUCAGAUCAUAUCAAUGGUACACAUCAGUCCAUAAAAAAUAGAAUAAAGCAUACUUAUUCAAAACCAAACUCUUUAUAUUUGAAAAUCGACUGCAGUAUAGUUAUUUAAUCUGCUAUUUAUUUGCAGUUCCCUAUCGCCAUCAUAAUGUUGGUGAGUGGAGAUGUGAGUAGUUUGAUCAACUAUACAGGGUUUUCCGGCUGGUUCUUCACCGCUUUAGCCUGUGCAGUCAUCCCGUAUUACAGAUGGAAGUAUCCUUACCUGAAACGACCCAUUAAGGUUCCUCUGGUGAUACCAAUUAUCUUUGUAUGCUGUGCAUUGUUCCUGGUUGGUAUGUCAAUCUACAGCAGCCCUGUAGAUUGUGGAAUAGGUUUAGCCAUUACUCUUCUCGGGAUACCAGUCUACUAUGUAGGCGUGGCUUGGAAGAAUAAACCUCAAUGGUUCAUCAAUGGAAUGGAUAACCUGACAGUUUUCUUGCAGCAGAUGUUGAUGGUUGUUCCACAAGACGAUAAUGAUGAGAUCAAGGAAAAAAUUCAGUUUAAGGCUAAAUAAAAACAAACUCAAACAACUGUUUCAGAGACGAAAGUUUGGAGAUUUAACCAGUGUUAAAGUAUUAACAUUUUAUAAAUAGAAUAUACAUGCUGUGAUUUUCCAUGCUUAACCAAUACCCACUUUCUCAAUUUUUCAUUUCACUGAUUUUAUUUUUCAAACAGAUUAUUGUUCAUCAUUUAAAUAGUAUAAAUGCAUAAUUUGAUAAAAAUUUAUCCCCUGUAAAUGUUUAGAAGAUUAUAACAGGAUAAAGUAUUCAUUGAAUAAGGAAGUUCUUACAGCAGUUUCUAAAGUUAUGCUUGAUGUAAUUAUUGAUUGGAAUAUGAAGGAUAAAAAUAUUAAAAAAAAUAAAUAAAAAAGAUUUUCUUGACUAUUACGAAAAAUUCAAACUUACUUCAUCCACUUACUUCAUUGUAACAAUUAUUAUACUUAACACUAAACUAGGUCAACACCCAACACAUCCAUAUCAAUACUUUAGCAAAUAGGGGAGGUUAGAAGACAAGGUUACUAGCUUGUGUAGCUUGGCUCUUAGCUGACCAGGCUCCCUUUGGGGAUGACAACCCUCACUUGCAUCCGAACAGGCUGUGAAGGGGUAAACCCUGUUUAAGUCACACGAACAAGUGGCUUCGGCCCCUGAUUAUAAAUGGUUUGGGUUGACUGCCCAUUCUAUCUAAUUAUGAUUGUCACAUUAUUUAAUUAUGGUUUAGUAUGAGGCAGUCAUGGGCCACUUUUCAUUAUAUUAUGAUGGCAACAUCAGGCCCAAAGAACAAUCUAAAAAAAAUGAACUAAGAAAUAAUGCAGUUGGAAAACACUCCGUCCAUCGGAAAGGACGCAAUUGUUGGUCCCGUGUAUAGGAGAGUCCCAACCUAUGCACGUUAAAACCAAUACACUAUUCAUCAAAGAGUAGGGUGUUCACCCAGUGUAUUGCACUUGCCGGUCCCGGCAAAAAUUCAGGUCAAGUACCCGAUGCGUUUAUGCCCGGAGGGCCCUGCAACGUAUACAUCCAGAUCCAGAUUGGGAAACAUAAUUGCCUUGCAAUAUUCAAAUUCAAGAGUCAUAAAUAUCUUUAAAAAACAGCUGACUGAAACAUAUUACCUCUUGUCUUGUAAAUUGUAUUGUAAAGAAUUUGUGAUGGAUAAAAUCAAGCAAAUGAUCACUUGGGCAGGUUGUAGGAUGUAUGUAAAACAAAAUCAUUUAUUGAACAUGAAGAUGUUAAAAUGUUAUGAGAAGUGAUAUUGGUAUAACAAUCCUUCUAUUUCACAGUACUUAUAAAACCAAGAUUUUUAAAACAUAAGUAUAUAACAUCUUUUUAACAAUGAAUUCUGAAUAUUUUUUCAUCAUGCUCAUAAAAAAAAAUCAUUAUAAAAUAUGUGCACCAUCUCUACUCUUUCUUUUAUAGUGGCUCUGUGGUAGAGCAUCUGCCUCAUAAAUGGGAGGUCAUGGGUUCAAUCACUGCCUGUAUCAUACCAAAGACUUUAUAAAUGGGAUUUUCUGCCUUCUUGUCAGGCGCUACACAUGUUAGAAAGGAGAAGGGAAAUGAGAGCUUAAGUGGUUACCCUGAGUAAAUAAAACUUAUUAUCAUUAUUCCUUCCAUAGCAUUAUCUAUCAAUAUCUAACUUUAAUUGACUGUGUCAACUCAACUGGAAUGAUUUGCAAUGUACAAUUUGACUUACUGCAUCCAUAUCUGUAUUCAGAAAAGCAUUAACCCCCCCCUUUUUUUAAGGGUGGGGAGUUGUACCUUUGAUAUUAUAUAAUUGAACACAAUUAUUAUUAUAAUUCAUGAAAAAUAAUAAUAUCUUUAGUUGGCUUCAAAAUUAGUGCAUAUGUACAAGGAAAGAUUUAGUCUUUGAAAUAUCAGAAACUUUGUAAAAUAAAGAAUAGAAUUAAAUCAUCAAAUGUGAUUUUUUUUUUCAGUGCUCUUUUUUACCUUGACAUGAAUGCCGCAAAUGUAUAAUUAUUUAGUUGUGUUUUUUGUUAUCUAUGCUCUAUCACGUCAAGUUAAAAUCACUCCUACAAUUCAUAUCAAUUAUUUUUACAGAGCACUGGUCACAAAAAAAGAUAAUUGCUUGUGUAUGUGACAGAUAUUAAAUACAGUUGGAAUCUUGAGCUGGAUUCAUAAUCAAAAUAACUGAUUCAGUUGCAAUGGUUUAGGUCAGACAAGAAUGGUCUCAAAGCUUUAUAAGCAAAGUCAUAACAUAUUAGUAAAGAUAUCUACGUUAUGACUAUAAGGGUACCACAUUUCCUUUAAAAAUUCUCUUGGCAGGACAUGCAUAGCCUCCAUGUGUUGCAUGCAGGUAGACAUGCUGGAUGCUCUCAGGUACGAAAUAUGACAAACAUCAGUUGAGAACCAGAAGGGCAUUAUUGCAGCUGAAAGAUAUUCUGUUGAGAAACACAAGUGCAGUAUUGCUGUACAAAGUCCAUGGAAAGAGCGCACUUCUGGUUCUCAACAGAACAUCUUUGAUCUGCAAUAGUACCCUUUUGGUUCUCAGCUGAAGAUAUGACCUCCAAUUAAUCUAAAAAGUACAGGUAGUUAUACAGUAGAAAGAGAUAUGGUACACGUCUUAUUCUCUCGUAAGAUAAUUUUAUCCACUUCGACAGGUUGAUUUACCUUAACCAUAAGGGAUUUGUUUUACUAUCGCAUGGGGAGAAGUCAUGAUCAUGAAAAUUUUCAGGAGUAUCAACGGAUAUACAACUGACUUCAGUCCAUGAUUGUUGAUGGGAGAAGGCUGAGGUCAUUAAGUAUGUAUUGAAUGGCCGAGUUCAUCAACCGAGUGACUGUUGUGGUAGAGCUCAUUUAUCACCUGAUGUAUCCUUGCUUGGUGGAAGGCUAAGGUCAUUGAGUAUGUAUUGAAUGGCUGAGUUCAUCAACUGAGUGACCGGUAAGGACGGUGGAGCUCAUUUAUCAACUGAUGUAAAACUGACUUCAGUCCUUGCUUGGUGGAAGGCUAAGGUCAUUGAGUAUGUAUUGAAUGGCUGAGUUCAUCAACUGAGUGACCGGUAAGGACGGUGGAGCUCAUUUAUCAACUGAUGUAAAACUGACUUCAGUCCUUGCUUGGUGGAAGGCUAAGGUCAUUGAGUAUGUAUUGAAUGGCUGAGUUCAUCAACUGAGUGACCGGUAAGGGCGGUGGAGCUCAUUUAUCAACUGAUGUAAAACUGACUUCAGUCCUUAAUGUAACACUGAGUUAAUUCAGUGAGUAUUGAGUGGUAUAUGACUUAGCUCAUCGAUUAAGUGUUGAUUGGUGUACAGCUGAUGUAUCAGUCUUCAUCACCUCUCUAAGGGCCAUUGUAGCGUAGCAAGAACUAGGGAGGGAGAACUCUACUUUCAAUGCCAAAUGCACCCCAUCUGAAAUGUAAAAAAUAAUUGCUAACAUUAUAAAGACUGAUUUAUUUAAUAAGAAAUGAAAGUACACUUGACAUACACAUGAGAGAUGUACUCCAAUGAAAAUGGAUAACACAGAAUUGAUGAGACUAGUCAUAAUCCUACGAUGAAUAUUUUGAUUUAUAUCAAUCGGAAUGUUCAAAAAGAGAAGCUAAUGAAACUAUUGCAAUAAUCAUGUUCUAUAUAGUUAUAAUGAUGUGUGAAAAGGGUUUAACGAGAGCCUAACUUACAUACAGCAAAUACUGUAUUUCAAUAAAUUCAAUGGCACAAUAAAAACGA